AUGCCUAAGGAAAUCAAUAGAAAUUCAACCAGAGCAUUUCUAGUCAAAAUGCCAAAGUAUCUCAGCAACCAAAUAAAGGAAUGUCUAGAGAAUGAGACAAUUGGUCAUGUGAAGCUGGAUAUGACCACAUCUGACACAGAAGCAGAAAUAAGAUUCAAUAGAAGAUUCAAGCCAAGUCAAUACAAGUUUAUGCAAAGAAGUAUGGGUAAAAAAGACAAACAGGCAGUUUCCUUNAUUGAACCCCAGUUUAUGCCUAAGGAAAUCAAUAGAAAUUCAACCAGAGCAUUUCUAGUCAAAAUGCCAAAGUAUCUCAGCAACCAAAUAAAGGAAUGUCUAGAGAAUGAGACAAUUGGUCAUGUGAAGCUGGAUAUGACCACAUCUGACACAGAAGCAGAAAUAAGAUUCAAUAGAAGAUUCAAGCCAAGUCAAUACAAGUUUAUGCAAAGAAGUAUGGGUAAAAAAGACAAACAGGCAGUUUCCUUAGAAGGAAAUCGAAUCCCACUCUAUGAACUAAGCAGAAUGAUGACAGUACAGCCAGAAAUGAAUGAUGAGUACUUUCAGUUCAAGAGGGCUCUACAGCAAACCAGUACUAGGGCAACCCAGGAAUUGUGCGUUUUUUACUCCUCCGAAACAUGA